UUCUACACCACGUGACAACAAUAAUUUACGUCAUUUUCACAACAUCAACAAAGUUUACGUGCCACUUUGGAUGUACUGCAUUUCCAGGCCAUAGUUUGCUGCUUUUUAGGAAGCUUUUGAAAUGGCGGCGGUUCCGAAGUCUAGUCAAGAGGAAGCUCUAAAUGACUCAUGGGUGGAGCUGCAUUUUCAGCAGAAUGGAAGUGGCACUGGGUCUGAGACAAACGGUAGGCCCACCUCAGUAUAUACUGGGAACAUGGAGAAGCUGUUGAUUGAGGCACAAAAGGAAGGUUCCAGGGCAUCAUCUCGAGUGACCAGCUCAUCAUCUAGCCGGGGAAGUCCCAAGGGCCCUCCAAGUCCAAAUGAGAGUCACCAAGAACUACAGAAUGCUGACUGGAUAUGGGACUGGUCCAGUAGACCUGAAGUGAUGCCACCAAGUGACUGGCAUAUCCGGUUUAAGCACCCAGAGCAUAGCAGAAGAGCCACAGUUCACAGCUCAGGACCCAGGAAGGCUGGCUUGUUUAGCAUGGAGAACCUUAGGCUGCUACUCUGCACUCAUGCUAGUGUCUUUGUCAUGGGAGCAGCAGUAGGAGCAGCUAUGGCGAUUUUAUAUAUCAAAAAGUAUGCAAACUUGACAGUGUCCUCAAGCUAAUUGGAAUAAAAAUAAUCUUUGGACUGAAUUGCUGGACUACAGUAUUACCAAGAAGUGAAGAUCUCCCCUUUCGUGAAAAAGAGCAGCAUUACAGGACAGUGAUGUAGGCUGACAGAUUCCUUGCAAAUGUUACAAAUUUUUUGGCCCGUGGUGAAGAAAUGAGGGGUAUCAUAUCUGCACUUUUUCAGGAAUCAGUCGAGAUAUCAUUAACAUGUGAUGCGAAGCUUUUGAAAUGGUCUUGACCAAUGUUGAUGUUUUUUAAACAAAUUUUAUUUUUAAUUUCUCUGCACACUGAGAAAAUGAUCUUUUCUAUAAAUUAUCUCAACAGGAAAAAAGAUGUUUUACAUGUGCACAAUAGCUUUUAGUGGAUUUUUUGUUGCUUAGAAGAGAAAAUGUUGUUUUUACACUAGCUGGAUACCUACACUGUCUUUUGUUUUAAACUGCAAUAGAGACUAAAUACAGGAUAUGAUUGCACAGCAUAUAUUACGUGUUUGAACCAAAACUAAUUAUUAAAAAAAAGACGCUUUUUAUAUUUCACAUUCAGUUAUAUUUUAUGCAGGAUCUGACUCAAACAUUUUUACUGUUGUUUAAAAUAUGCCAAAAUUUCAUGUAAAAAAUAAAAAUCUAAUUUGAAAUGAAUUGGAAACUGGUAGGUAGUUGUGUUAUAUAUUUAUUAUUAACAUUUAGAUUAUUUAUUUAUGUAUGUCAUAAGUAAUAUUGUGGACUACAGAUUUUUCAGUGGUAUAUGAAAUGACUUGAAUAGUCAUAUUUUGAUAUAUUAACUGGCAAUUAUUCUUAUAUCUCUUGUAAUCUUAUAUAUUCUAUAUAAUGUAUGUCGGUAGGCAUAGGUUUGAGUGUCUGUAUUUCAAAUAGGUACAGAACCCUUGUCAUGUGAAAGCUCAGCUGGGUACUAUCUUUAAUAUUUGAUAAGACUGAACUGAAUAGUUGAAGCAUUUAUAAGGCAGUGGUUGCCUUUGACAUAUUAGCUAUUACACUUCACCACAUAGAUAGAACAGUUGCAAUGGUAUUAGGAAUAAGCUUUUAUUGCAGGACAUUUUACCAGUCCUCUCUGUGCCAAGACCAAGAAACCUUCAUUGGCUAUCAGUUGUUGUUACAGUGUUGUUUACAAAAUUUACAGUUUCGAAGAGAUGGUUUUGCCAACCAGCCCUGUAACAAGGAAUAUUUACCUUAAGAAGGUGCCUAGAAAAAGGUCCGUGACUGUUUCUGUAGAUAGUUUUUGAUAAUAUUCAAGCAUCCUUGCUAAAACAAACCCUUUCGAUUCAGCAAUGUAUCACACAGCUGUUGGUACUAAGUUUGAUGAAGAGGAGUGCAAAAAUUAUUCAGCUUUCAGAAGCCCACGUUGUUUGUGCACAGUGAGCUGCUUUGUAGUCAAAAAUAAAGAUUUCUUCAGGAUACA